GUUAGUGGUUUUCCACUUUCCCUCGAGAGCCAUAAUGCUAUAAAUCACAACUUCUCAGUCUUUUGACACCUGGGGAAUAAAUUUAUCUUCUGAUUUUACAGUUGGAGUACUUCAAAGUUCUCAAUUCUGCUGGAUUCUCUGUAUCAUCUGCACCUUUCUUUAAAACACAGCAGGCGUUCUUGUAAACAGCUAUUAAUGGGUUUUGUUCGGCUUGUUGCAUUGAAAAUGUCAAUCAAAAUAUUCUUAAUUAUGAUUUUCUGUUUGCUAGUUUCCAUUCAAUGCAAUGCAGAAGCCAAGAUGGAAGAGCGCAACACGAAUUUAACCCACACAGCAUACGAUGAGUUAGCCAGCAAGGGCUUUCCUUCUGGGCUUCUACCAAAUAGUGUGGCUAAAUAUUUUUUUAACAAAUCUAGCGGAGAUUUCUCCGUGCAUUUGAAUGGGCGUUGUGAUAUAAUCUUGCCUCCUGAUAACUACCCUGCUUCUUUUUCAAAGACAGUAAGAGGAAAGCUUACAGAGGGAUAUAUACAGGAGCUCAGUGGGAUCCGUGUGAAGGCUUUUUUUAAGUGGUGGUCUAUUACGGGGAUCAGGUCUAAGGGCGAGAAGCUGGUUUUCGAGGUGGGGAUGGUCACUGCUGAAUACCCAUCUGUGAAUUUUGACGAAAGCCCUGAUUGCGGAGGCUCCAGCCAUUCCUCUGCCUGAGUGGAUGGGCAUCUAACUCAAAGCUAAUGGGCAUCUAACUCAAAGCUAUAGUCUACAGUGUAAAUUUAGUUUUACAAGUUAAUUAUAGAACUUUGAUAAUAUGGUGAAGCAUUUUAACAAAACUUAUAUCCUGAUAAUUGUUAUCAACAGUAUUUCUAAAUCUAUUUGUCUUAUAUAAAAAAUAAAGACUUGUGUA